AUGCUGGCGCAACUGGCGCAGCAGCAGCAGCAGUCCUCCCCCUCCACCGCCGCAACGGCUACGCCGUCUACCGAAACCAUCGGCACCGACGCCGGCGGCAACACGCCUCCCCCCCCCAGCGGAAGCCUCUUCCUCGGGGGCGUCGGCGGCGGCAAGGACGGCGCCACCGCGGUCAGCGACGGCUGGGUGGUUGGGUCGCCCUCCCCUACUCUCCCCCCGUCGUCCUCCAACGAGAGCGGCGGCGGCGGCGGCGGCGGCGGCCGCGUGAACAUUUCCACGUGCGAUUCCGGCGGGCAGUUGUCUGGGACGACGUCUUCGGCGUCGCUGCCGAGAGCGUGCUCUUCGCUGUCCUUCGCGGACCUGGGCGACCUGUGCGGGGAUCAGGAGGGAGGAGACGUUUUUCUAGUCGGGGGGGAGGACUGCGACGACGAUGCCCACGGGUCGGGGAUCGGUCUUGACCUGUACGACCUGGGACAGGGGGGCAAAGACCCUUUUCUUCCCGAGGGGCAGCAACGCGCCGGUCGGUGGAGCUCCAUCUCCACUAGGUCGUCGUCUUCGACGGCAUCCACGGACGGGGAAGAACUCUCGGACGAUUCGCUCUCCGUCGAUGCGGACUGCAGCGGCAGCAGCAGCACGCCGUGCAGCCCGUCUGCGGUCAGCUCCGGCGAGCCGUCCUUGCUGGCGGCGGCGGCGGCGGCAACGAGAGCCGCCAAAGCAAUCAAGACCGAGGCCCGGCCCGACGGCAGCGCUGGUCUAGAAGCGGGCGCGGUACAGCAGGGGGUUGCCGCUGGGGGCGCUUCUGCCACCAAGAGCGGCAUCGACCAGGAGAUGGGAGAGCUGUCGGAGCUGUUCGCUCCCGAUGCCUUCCUGAUGAGUACCGUCCUGGACACCGAGAUGGAGGCCGGCGGCGGCGGUGCGGCGCGAGCAGGAGCGUCGGGCAUCGAGGUUUCGAUCGAGCCCACCGCCACUGAGCCCAGCAAGGCCUCGCAGCAUGCUGCUGCUGCGGUCGGCCCUAGGCCUACGACGGCAGCAGGGGCUAGUGCUGUCGCCGUCACUGCGCCGGCCGCGGUGGUCAAGAUGGAGUUCCUGCCUGCCGCGGGAGCGUCCGCUCCUUCUCCGGCAUCACCACCCGCUCCCACUGCUGCCGCUGCCGCCUCCGUUUUGCCGGCACCGGCAGCGGUAGCUCCGAAACAGGAGUGCCGCUGCGGACAGGCGGCGUGUCCGUCGCUGAUCACGGCCGCCCGAAAGCGACCGGUGGCGGAGCUCUCGCCUUCGUUGUCGGGGGCGGACGGCCCCGCGCCGCUGUCCAUGGUCACGGGCCUGCCCUUCCACCAGUCCUCGCGGCAGCGGAAGCGGCAGCGGAGCCUCGCCCCGGUGCUCUCGGCGCCGCGCACCGUGAGCUACGAGUGCUCGCUCUGCAAGGAGAGCUACCCGUCCGAGAUCGCGUCCAACCCGUGGUGGUCGCUGUUCCUGCACGAGUGCCCACGGUGCCACCGGAUGCAGAUACCUCGAGUCGACGCGACGAGCGCGGCCGUGAGCGUGGACUACAUCCACGCCGUGUGCGCGGAGGAAGGGGAGGGCUGCGACAGCGACGGGUACGGCAGCGAGUCGUGCUCCGACAGCGACGACGACGUUACCGAUGACGGCAGGGAGAGGGAAGGGAUAGCCGCCUUCGACACGGACAUCAUCGCGGGGGACUCGCAGGCCGGCUGCAAGGAGGGCCGCCUGUCGACCUUCCAGGCGUCCCGCCUGCUGGUGCUCAUGUCCCACGCCAGGACGUGCCCCGGGCACCACGCCAACCCCAAGCACGCCGAGGUCUGCCGGUCGACCAAGUUCCUCAUGCUGCACAUGCGCGACUGCACGGGUCACACCGCUAACGGGGAUCCGUGCGAGCACCGGUGGUGCCGGCCGUGCAAGAGCCUCCUGAGCCACCUCGUCCGGUGCCCGGACCCGAACACCUGCCGGAUCUGCACGCCGCUCGACCUACCGGGCCCGCUGCGACAGCUGCGGGAUCUUAACGUCGCCCAGGCGCGGCAUGCCUCCGCCGCGGCCGCCGCCGCCGCUGCCGCUACUACUUCUACUACCGCUCCUUCUUCUGCUGCCGUGGCGGUGCCCGGCGUGGGCGGUGUUCCCUCUUCGCUUGCGGCGGCGGCGGCGCCGGCUGCUGCUGCCAGGGUGCCGUCGAUGCCGGCUCCUGCGACGGCGGUAGACGCCGCUACCGUGAAGUCUGAGGAGAUGUGCCGCCCCGCCGGGGCCGCUACGGCGAUGGGGCUGGCGGUUUCUGCGACGACGACGACGUCGCUGCGGCAACAGCUGCAGCAGCGGGUGGUUGGGGGUGCGGGAGGGGUAGUCACGACUCGUUGA